GCUUAGUUUGCAAUGUUGUUAUUAUUCAAAAUCUUGGAAAAAAAAAGGUGUAAUCUUUUUUAAAAAACAUUAAAAUCGUCCCGCCGUUUACAGUAACCCAAAAUUGUAAUAAGCCGACCACAGAAUUCCAAAUUCUCUCUCUCACUCUGUGUCUAUAGACCUUUGUUGUGUUUCUCGUCGGGUUUCUAAGUGGUUUAUCUCAUGGCUGGUCGCUACGAUCCUAACCCUUUUGAUGAAGAAGAAGUUAACCCCUUUUCUGAUCCAGCUGUAAGGGGGAAAUCAUCGGGUCAGAAGUUCAGUGGAGGUGCAUUUUACACAUCAAGUGCUCCUCCAGCUUCGAACUCUAGGCUUUCACCACUUCCUCCUGAGCCUGCUGAUUUUGUAUAUGAUCAUGGUGCAACAGUUGACAUUCCAAUUGAUUCAAAUACAGAUUUGAAGAAGAAGGAAAAGGAACUCCAAGCUAAGGAGGCUGAAUUGAGAAGGCGAGAGCAGGAUGUAAAACGGCGGGAAGAUGCAGCUGCACGAGCUGGGAUUGUCCUAGAUGAGAAAAAUUGGCCGCCAUUUUUCCCCAUUAUCCAUCAUGAUAUUGCUAAUGAAAUACCAGUUCAUCUACAAAGAAUUCAAUAUGUUGCAUUCACAACAUUUCUAGGAUUGGUACUCUGUCUUUUCUGGAACAUUAUAGCUGUUACGACUGCAUGGAUUAAGGGCGAAGGGGUGAAAAUCUGGUUUCUUGCUAUCAUUUACUUCAUAGCAGGAGUUCCUGGGGCAUAUGUUUUGUGGUAUCGUCCACUUUAUCGUGCAUUUAGGACUGACAGUGCUUUAAGGUUUGGAUGGUUUUUCCUGUUUUAUUUGGUUCACAUCGGCUUCUGCAUUGUAGCGGCAGUUGCUCCUCCUAUAGUUUUCAAAGGGAAAUCUUUCACUGGUAUCCUGUCUGCAAUAGAUGUUUUGGGUGACCAUGCCUUGGUCGGCAUAUUCUACUUUGUUGGAUUCGGAUUAUUCUGCCUUGAGUUGGUGCUUAGUAUCUGGGUUCUUCAGCAAGUAUACAUGUACUUCCGCGGCAGUGGUAAAGCUGCUCAGAUGAAGCAAGAGGCUGCUAGAGGAGCUAUGAGGGCUGCAAUUUGAUGAUCCUAUGCUCACGCAUUCUGAGCUUAUGUGUGGGUUAGGUUGUAUAUUGCCCUUUGCCACGUAAAUUUCGGAUGGGAAGAUUUGCUAGGCAUGAGACUGGCUUUUAUUGUUUAUCGCUUGUUUGAGUGUUUGUAAAUGCUUUUACUUGAAAUAUUUAAGGCUGCUGUAACCUUGGAUUUGUUUAUUUCUUUUUUCUUUAAUUGGAGAAAUUAAAGCUGUGUUUUUGCCAAA